GCUUGGUUGCUCAAAAGUUGUGGUCAUACAGAUUGUUUAACCAAUGACAAUAAAUUAAUAAUGGCAUUAAAGAACUUCACCAUACCUCAGCUUAUGUACAAGAAUUCUGGAGACUAGGAAGAGCUGUACAGCUAGGUAUUUGGAAAUAGCCUCUAGUGGAGAGCUCAGUGCCUGGAGUCUCUUAGAGCUGCUCAGAGUUUGUUGCAUGUACGUGCUAAUGCUUGUUUCUGAGUCCCUUCUUUCUCUCCAAGAGUUGCUUCCAGUGCUGUAUGGACAUGUUUUCAGAGGCUUCUUAAACCCCAGGGCUUCUGGUGCAUCUGAAUUUGUGAGAUAUCUUGCAUUUUCUGUUAUGUUGAGGGAAAGUGCCCUGUCUGCAGUGAGAAGUAUUUUCAUUUAAUGGUAACUAAGGUUACAGCUCUAGCAGUAAUCAGUGAUGGCUUGCUUCCCUGAGCAGACAAAGAAGAAAAUUGCUCCUGACAUGCUGUACUGUAACAGUGGUGUUGACAUAAAUCAGUUCUUAACAUUACUCACAUGCAGUGCUUGGUAGCAAACAGAAACAGCAAAUGUGGCUGAUGUCAUCAGGCAGAGUUAGAUCCCUGUUAAUUAGCCCACAUUCCUGCCUCUCUGUUAGCUCCUGCAAGGAAGAAUUUUUGAUGAAUGAGAACCUGCUUGUAUGACUACUACAUCUUCAUCGAAACAGUGGCUAAUAAAACUUUAAAUACACUGGUUUCUUCUACUGAUGUUGUGAGCUGUGAUUUCUGUAGCAGUCUCUGUGGUCCAGACACAGGCAGGAGGCUGUCACACAUUGCCUUGCAUGCUGCAGUUUUAGCAUGUUGCCCCUGUGUAGUAGCCUGUGAAGGGAUCUGUGUAGUUUUUUGGAGGAAAAAUGAGUGUAAUGUCAGUGGACUUGAUCAUCCAAUAUGGACACAUUCCUGCUGCCUCCUAGUGAUCAGGUUUUCCUGCAUCCUCAAAUAUGCCUACAAAAAUGGCAAAGAAAGAUUAUUUAAUAAUGAAAAACAGCCAGCCCAGCUCCACUAUUGUGCAGGGACUCAUCCUGAUAAUAUGAAGUGUAAGCACAAUUUGAGCCCCAAGUGUGCAUAUCCACGCUGGGCAGCAGAGCCUCACACUGCUUAACAAGCUCUGGGAGACCUCUAGAGUCAGGUUGUGUCUCUUCUGGUAGUUAAUUUUGGAGAAACUCAAGGGUUUGUAGGAUAGGGUUCUGUGUAAUUGAAGCAUAAAUUCAGUGUAAAAGUUCAAUAGUAGGUAUUUAUGAAAAGAGUUUUUUUGAUAAUUGCUCUCUUCCAGGUUUUUGAAGGUGAUCUGUGGCUUCAGAAAGAGAUGGGAUGCCUAGGAAUGGCAGAUAGAGUUCAGCUUUUCAAGCACCCAGCAUAUAUCUACAAUCCUGCAUCUACAAGAGGAGCUUACCUGAAAAGAGACACAGUGCCCUUACCUGUGGUCGUUGAGGCAAGCACAGCCCCUGCCCAGCUGCUGACCUCUGCAGCCCCGGACGGCCAGUGGAGCCAUUCGCUGUUUGCCUUGAUGCCCUCUUGGACGAAGAAGGCGGUGUUCAAACGGGAGUCUGACACCAGCCACCUCCCGCCUGAAGAUGUGUCCAAUAUGUCAGUGUCUUCUGAAUUUGGAAUAACCCUUCAGAAAUGUGGCAUGGUGGAUGUUGAACAUGACCCUCAAACUGCAUACAUUACACUUGUGAUUAAUAAUACCAACACAUUGCUCUCAACAAACAUCACAGAUCUUAUCCUCAUGGACAACAUCACUGGUCUACAAGUUCAAAAAAACAGUGGGAAUAAGACCACAAAUGGCAUACAGAUUUACAGGAAAAGUUUCUUGCAAGGUGGAGAACACUUUGCAAUCAACUACACUGCACUUCUUGAUGCCGAAGAAAUGUGGCAUGGCAGGGUCUUGACACUGCCUGCAAAGCUAACUUUCAGGAGUUCAUCACAGAAUAGAACACAUCUCAUAUCAUUGACAGCAUCACUUACCAUAACAGAAGAAGAAAAGACCAAGAUUUUAUACAGCCAUGCCAUCAGUGCUUCAGCAUUCUUCAUUGCUUUUUUUGUUUCCCUUGUGUUGACAUGUGCUGUCUUUUUCAUCAUUUACCGAACCCAAAUAUUAAAAUGGAGUUUCUGUAGUAAAAACCAGGACAUACAGCCUGAUCUCAGCCAAAAUCACAAGGUGGAGCAUUCUCAAUUUAAUUCAGGUGAUCUCUUUAGUGGAGAUAUGAUUAUGAAUGACCAAAUCAUUGAUAUUCUGUCCUUUGAAGAACCUGGGAACAUGCGUCAGGCUUUAGAAGAUUUGGAGGUUGCCAGCCUGACACGGGCAGAUGCUGAUCUGGAGGCCAGUCGAACUCAGAUCUGUAAAGAAGUGAUUGCUAUGAUGUUGAAGAACAUGGUCUUAAAUCACAGCCUCGUUCCUCAUGUGGAGAAGAAGAUAAGUUCAGUUUUCAAAAAGCAGUUUCUUGCAAUGGAGGAAGAGAUUCAAGAGGAGUAUGAAAGGAAGAUGGUAGCUUUAACAGCUGAAUGUAAUCUGGAAACUAGGAAGACAAUGGAGGCUCAAUGCCAAAAAGCACGAGCUGCAAAUGAAGAGGCUGAGGAAUUAAUGAAGAAAAUUAAUGAAAAGCCUGCUAUAGAAUACAGAAGUCUUCUGGACAAACUUCACAGGCUGGAGCAGGACUGCCUGAAGAGGUUCCUUUUUGUAAAGCAGGAGGAAUAUUUUGCAAAGGCUUAUAGAGAGCUGGCUGUUACCCAAAGAAAGGAGCUCCAUACUAUCUUUUUUACACAAAUAACAAGUGCCACUUCAAAGGGAGAACUGAAGGUGGAAGCAGCUAAAACAUUAGUGGAAGGUUACUCUAAAGUACAGGGUGACAUUGAAGAGCUAAUGGAUUUUUUGCAAGCUUGCAAGAAAUAUCACCUGAGUAAAAGAUUUUCUUACAGAGAAUAUCUUAUAAGUAAAGUACAGUCAAGGGAUUCUCGUGUCUCUGCUCUUAUAAAUGCCGCAGCAGCCCAGAUAUCGAGUCUCAUUAACAAGACAGAAAGAGCAGGUCAUCUACCUGAAAGUCAUUUGGGAAUCCUGCUGGACCGAGCUGAGGCUGAAAUUAAUUUUGUUAAACAAAAAUUUGAUCAUGAUUUAAAACAAGAAAAGCAGAAGCUUUGCCAAAAACUCAUUACCAAGCGAAGACAGGAAAUGCUGCAAAAGCAGAAAGAGCAUCAGAAGGAGCAGCUGUCACUUGGAGACCCCUUCAAAACUACUGAUGAGAUCUCUCACUACCUGAGACACUGGAAAAAUCUUCUGAGUGAUCACACUAUUGAAUUUGAAGAACUUACUGAAAAGCUUGACAAUGAGGCCAGUGAAGAGCUGAAGGAGCUUCUAUUUAGCCUAGGAGAGAAAGCUGUUGAAGAGCUUAAACGUGUUCAGUGUGGAGUGUUUGUGCAAGAGCUGGUCAAGCUCAAUGUGCCAAAGCUGUUCCUGCUAGAAGCUGUGGAGGAGCACAAAAAAGAGAUGGUGGUUAAACACGCACAGCUUGAAAGGGAAGAACAUGACAAGAGCAUGGCUGCUGAAGAGCUGCUUCAGCUCACCAGGCAGAAGCUAAGCCAGGAGCUGGAAACAGGCAUCUCAGAACAAAAGAAAAUAAGGAGCUGGGAACAGUCAAUAUUCAUGCAACUUCUAAGUUUACCUCUGUCACUCUCAGAAGAAGAGUUGCUUAGAAUGAGGCAAGAGUUGCACUGCUGCUUCUCCCAGGUGGACAGCAGCUUGGCUUGGCCCAAGAUAAGAGCAAGAACUCUGCUUCAGGCUUUUGAAAUGGAGCAGAGGAACACUGAGGUGCUGAAAGUGGAGCAGAAUUUAGCAAUGACCAAUGAACAGCUGCAUUCUAAAAUGGGAAAAACAGGAUCCAGGAAUAGAAAUAAGUUAGAUAUUCUGAAGAAAUCUUUACAGGACAAAAUUUUAAUUUAUGAAGACUCAGUGAAAGGUGAAAAUUUGAAUAGGAUUAAGUAUGAGUUGCAGCUUGAAAAAGAGCGUCACCUGCGCAAUCUGGAAAAUAAACUUGGAGAGUAUUGUGCUUCUUUAGCCUUUCAAAAGAGUGUUAAAAAAUCCAGAAUGCUGGAGCUGUAUACUGCUAUCAUAAAUGUGCAAGCUUUGCUCUUUGAACAACUGGAUACGUCAAAAACCCUGUCAAAAUUGGAAUGUAUUCAGAUUUUAGAAGCACAUAAUCCUGAGAUUGAAGAACUUGAAAAGAAGCUGGAGUAUGAGAUGUUGCAUAAGGAGUCAGCACAGCAGCAUCUAAUGAGUAGGCAGAGGUGGAUUCUGGAUGGUUUGGGACUCACAAAUGAACCUGUGGACACGAAUGCAGAAAGACAUGUGACAGUUCUGUUAAGACAGGCCAUGAAUAAAUGUAGACAAUUUAUAAACCUGUACCAACAAAGCUUGAGAGAUGAGCAAUGGAAUUGUGUGGUGCUUGAAGAUCUCCUGGAAAAUAUAGAAACGAAUGCAUUUUUGGCAAUUUAUAGUCAGGAGCUCCGUCUGGCAGGUUAUUUAGCUAAACUGACGAGGGUGCCAGUGGGGGUGCUGCACAGGGCCCUGAACUUGCUGCUGCCCUCCAGCUCACAAAGUGAGAUUCUUUCUGUCCUUGAUUCCAUCAGUAAAUAUUCAGAUGGUGCUAUUGAAAGUGACAGUAAUGCAGAUGAGUCUGGCAGCUGUAAGAAAAGGAAGAGCCAGGAGAUGUGGCAAACACUGGAGAACAAAAUAAGGCAAGAUCUGAUAAACAGAAGUUUAGAAAAGAUCCCUUCUCUAGACAAGAGAAAAGACAGUUUGACAAAGAAGAAGCAACUUGCUGUCUUGGAAAAAGCAGCAUUCAUUCAUCUGGGAUGUUCACCUGCACACCCUCCUGUGGAACAGCCUGAUCCACCAGUUUCUCUGAACUCUGCAACUGCUGAAGCCAUAGAGCUGUCAGACACAGGGGAGAAGAUAUUUCUGUUCCGUGAGCCAAGUGAUCCAAAACUUGCUCUGCAUAAUUUUCCAAGGAAGAAGAAAAAGAACUUUCUUAAUUCUAAAAAGGCUGCUCAUGCAAACAUGGACUCAUAAGAGCAAUUCCAUUUAGAGUAUCAAUUAGGAAGGAGGAAGUUAUUUAAAAUUCAGUAAAAUGAUGAGGAAGAAUGAAGUGUACAGUUCAAAUGACAUGUAUGUUGUUUUAAUCUGAUUUGUCUGAUAUUGGAAAUAAAUGUAAUUUUAGAAUGGCACAGUUAGUGAUGUGCAUCUUGAAUUUUUUAAUUCUUGUCAGUGCUUUGUUGCACUAGGUAAAUAUGGGUGUUCUAUGAUGCACAUUCUGGCAGGCAGGACUCUUGUGUUCCUUCACUACAUUUUGGUAAUUUUUGCACUGAUUUUACCAUGGUUGUAUUUUCAUAAUUUAUACAGAAAGGUUAUUUAUUACAUAUAGUAGGUACUGACUUACUAUUUUUGUAUUUAUAUUUUUGUGGUAAGCUGCAGUAUAGCAGAUGACAUGGAGAGAUAUAGUAGAUGAACCACAUGUCCUCUGUUCUCUGAUUUUAUGUUAUUCUAGUUAAUUUACUGUUUAACACUAUGUUCCUAAUAGAACUUGCAUGUUACUUCUGCAGUCUGUGUUCUGCAAUGACAGCUGGUAGUCCAGAUCUUUAGCAUGUAUUUGUGUACUGAGCCUUACAUCCUGGAGUAACUGCAACAUUUUGCUGUUUCUAAACUUACUUCAGUUGAGCUGUGAGUGUGGCUACAGUUCCAAACUGUUGCAUAUUUACAACCUGUUGCAGUCUUUUCAUUGGUGAAGCAGUGUCAUCACAUUUGCUCAGUAGAAAAGUGAAAAAUGUAAGUGGACAUAUAAUGCCUUCAGAACCUCUUUUGAUUGCAGUGCUGCCAAUUUUCACAGUUUUAGAUAUUUUUGAAGUUUCUAUUCCUGAAUUUCUCUAAAUUGAUGAGAGUAUAAUUUUAUACUUCAGAAAGAGUUAAUUUUUAAACCUGUCUAGUUGACUCGAAGAGUCCUGUAAAUAUGAAUCCAAAAAAGAGGAACAGGAAAGACUAAUUAAAAUAACCACAUGUAUUUGUUAAUAUCUUAUAUGAUUCAAGCCUGUUUUGAGGGGGUUGUAACUGUAUUUGAAUGCUGUGCUCUGAGGCCACUGUGAUCAUAUAUUUUGUAUUUUUUCAUGUACAGAUCUUCUACACCUUUUUAUUAAUAGGGUGCCAUAUUAUUUAAAAAUUAAAAUGUUACAAUAUAUGUGUAUCUGCAGUUGGCAUUUUUUCCCCUUCUUCUCUGACAAGUUUAAAUAUUCAUUCCACAGAAGCCAACUAGUGUUUCCUAUCACUACUAGCAUUAGAAAAUGUAUGUAGUAAUUAGACUGACAGUCCUAAUUAUUAUUUGAUUGCAUUCUUCAGUCUUUUCAUGGAAGUAUUUGCUGUCACAGGAAGAGGAGUCUCUCAGGGUUGUGGGAGUUCAGAGUUGCUGUUUUAACCGUGUCUGGUAUUUCAUCCCCAAGGCACGAGUGGGUAAAGAGCAGGGUCUGUCCUGCCUUGGAAGUGAGCCAGAGCUGCACAGAAGUAAUCUCAGGUGUUUCAGAAAGAGGCAAGAAGGCAAUUGGAACACUUGCACAGCUCAUGGCUGCAAGGAGCACUUGAAAGCUGAAGUACCUUCUUGAAUGUCAGUCCCUUCCAGGAUGUCUUUGCAAGCCCAGACUCUUCACUGUUACAAUAUAAGGGGGAAGUGACAUCAACUCAUCACAGAUAUGACAUGGAGGCCAAUAGCUCUAAUAGGUUACAAUAAUAAAAUGCAACAUCUGAAUAUUGAUGACAAUAUCAAUUUAUUAUCCUUAAUAGAUAAUCUCUGUGUCUAGCAAUAGAAAGCUAAUUUGUAACUCUCUCACACCUCAUCAAA